UUCUAUGGAUUAAAAAAAGAAAAGAAAAACCAGAUGCGUUUAGAUCGAGAGCACCUGGCUCGAUCUGCUGAAGAGAAGACGAUUUAGGGGGAAGAAGAUUCUAAGAAAUUUCAGAAGGAUCAAAGAAGCUCGGAUUCCAUCAACUUGCUCCUUCUACACCUUCUUCUCAUUAAUUUCCAAAAUCUCGCUUCAAAAUCAGCUCGAAUUUGUCUUCAUUUCCAUCAAUCCACUCUCCUGGCUCCGAUAUGAGGUGCCGUUUUUUUCGCCGCCUAUGGGUAUUUCUACUGUUAAUUUCAAGAUUUCGGAGCUUGACUGGCGAAGCAAUAACAUAUGAGAAUUUGAAAUUCUCGCAAUUGGGACCGUACGGGGAGAAUUCUGAAGAAUUAACUCAAAUUGGGGGCAAAUCCCUUCUGCCCCUUUCUGUAAAAAGUAAAGGUAAUACUGCUCUUGUUGCCACUUCGGACGGUGAGUUAUAUUUGGUAGAUAGUAAUUCGAAGAAGAUAAUUUGGUCAUUUACUUCUGGGACACCAAUCUACUCGUCAUAUCAGUCUCCUACCAAUUACAAUAAAGAAAAUGCUUCUGGCUCAAGCCGUAGCCCCUUCUUUUUUGAUUGUGGAGAUGAUUGGGAGCUGUACAUCCACACAGAGCAUGGUAGAACGAAACUACCCCGCACCAUUGAUGAGGUUGUUAGAAGUACACCUUAUAUAUUUGAGGAUGGUUCGGUGAUGACUGGUUCUAGGAAGACCACUGUAUAUGAGAUUAAUCCUGUUACAGGAAAGUUGAUUCGUAACCACACGUCUGAUCUCUCAUCAUCUGGGCUAUGCAAUGAAGAGUACAGUGUUUUAAAUGGCAAUAGUUCCAAGAAUAAGCUGGACAAUGUAGAUCUGAUACAACCUGGUUUGAUGAAACCUAUUGAGCAACGUCUGUACAUAACAAGAACAGAUUAUUCCCUGAAAUCAUCUAUUGCAGGGUCGGAAGAAGUUUCUUGGAGUUUGAAUGUUGCUGAAAUUGGAGCUACCUUAGUCUGUCCAGAUGUCGAGAAUCCAACAAAUAGCAUUCCAUCGGGUCUUCAAAAUAAUGGUAAUUUUGAUUUUGAUUUUACUCCGCCAUUGUCUUGUCAAUCAGAAGUACUUGUCUUUCGUGAACGGAACCAUGUAUUGACAGAAUCAUCUGGGCACGAAAUACUCUCAAAUUCUCAUAACACUAAUAAUAUGCUUCCGGUGUCUGCUUUAAGCCUAAUGCUUCCUUCGCAGCCUAAUGUUAAGCAUUCAAAUAUUCAUCCUGAAAGAUUGAUGCUUCCUGGACCUGCAGCGAACAUAGCCUCCCUUCUGGAACCUAAUGCAAUUAGUCACCUAAAUAACGAUAAUCAGGCAAUAGUUCCAAUGCCUCUGAUGAAGAUUAAUGAUUCAAGUAUAGUUCAGGGACAUACAAUAGGAACCCAUAAUGUUGAUUUCACAACCAUGGUUCUUAAUGGACCACUAGGAUUAUUUAUUGUUAUAUUUAUAACCAUAUUUUUGGGAUUGAUUAACCGCGGUGGGGCACUGGUUGCAAAGGCAAAACAAUUUCUCUUGAAGGAGAAGCAACCCAGUAUUGUUAGUUCAAAAAGUGUAUCUUCCAAGAAAAAGAAAGCUCGAAAGUUAGGAAGAAAUGGAAAUUUUAACAAAAAAGAUGCAUCUGUUUCAUCUGAAAAUGAAGAUAUGGCUCGAAGUGAGGGUGAUUUUAACAACUGGUUUCACCCUAAUAACCUUAUUGAUACAACUGGUAGUGGACGUCAAAUUGGUAAAUUAAUGGUAACCAAUACAGAGAUAGCUAAGGGUAGCAAUGGCACCAUAGUUCUAGAGGGGGUCUAUGAAGGUCGACUAGUUGCCGUGAAACGUCUUGUUAAGACUCACCAUGAUGUUGCCUUUAAAGAAGUUCAAAAUCUAAUUGCUUCUGAUCGUCACCAAAAUAUUGUUCGAUGGUACGGGGUGGAGUAUGACCAAGACUUUGUAUAUCUUUCGCUGGAACGAUGUACCUGCAGUCUGGAUGAUUUGAUUCAGAUAUGCUCUGAUCCUUCCCUGAAUUCUUUGCUUAGCCUAGAUGAAGAUGCAGGACCUACGAUUGAUUAUAAAUUGCGUUUGGAGUCUGUCAAGAAUGUAAUAUCAGAUCUUAAUCUAUGGAAAGAAAAUAGCCGUCCAUCACCACUUCUUCUAAGACUCAUGAGGGACAUGGUUGCCGGGCUUGAGCAUUUGCAUGAGUUGGGGAUAAUUCACAGGGACUUAAAGCCACAAAAUGUGUUGAUAACAAAGCAAAAAUCUGUACGUGCUAAGCUCUCUGACAUGGGUAUUAGCAAGCGCCUUCAAAAAGAUAUGUCUUCCUUGGGACAUCAUGCUACUGGCUGUGGGAGUUCUGGCUGGCAAGCCCCUGAACAGCUUCUUCAUGGACGACAAACACGUGCAAUCGAUUUGUUUAGCUUGGGCUGUGUUCUCUUUUUUUGCCUCACUGGUGGUAGACAUCCAUUUGGUGAUCGUUUCGAGCGUGAUGUUAAUAUCGUGAGGAAUCAAAUGGAUUUAUUCUUGGUGGAGGGCAUCCCAGAAGCUGUGGAUCUUAUUUCUCGAUUGUUAAAUCCAAAUCCUGAUUUGAGGCCAAGAGCAUCAGAGGUAUUGCAACAUCCUUUGUUUUGGAGUUCUGAGGUUCGACUUUCUUUUCUACAUGAUACUAGUGACCGUGUGGAAUUGGAAGAUAGAGAGACUCACUCUGAUCUCUUGGAAGCAAUAGAGAGUACUGCACCAUUAGCUUUAGGUGCUAAAUGGGAUGAAAAGUUAGAUUCAGCUUUCAUUACAAAUAUUGGUCAAUAUAGACGUUACAAGUAUGAUAGUGUUCGAGACUUGUUACGAGUCAUGCGCAACAAGUUGAACCAUUACAGAGAACUACCCAAAGAAAUCCAGGAGCUUAUAGGAUCUGUUCCUGAAGGAUUUGAUAAUUACUUUACAAGUCGGUUUCCAAAGCUCCUGACUGAAGUAUACAGAGUUAUUAGCCAAUAUUGCAGGGAAGAGGAAGGUUUUCGGAAGUACUUCAAAAGUCAUAUGGAGUAGACUUUAGAUACUAAUUUCUCAGAGAAAAUGAUGCUAUAUUUAUUUCGUCUGACAUAUUUAGAACACAAUAUUGAUGUACCAUGUAUACUGUAUACACAAUUGUAAAUAUCGUUGGGAUAAAAUAUUUGUAAAGCCUCAUAACAUUAAAACAUCAAGUUUACAGAAGCAUAUCUUUUGGUCCUCAAAA